GGCCGGGGAGGAGAAAGCGAUGUGAGUGCUCUGGGAGUCUGGCCGGGGCAAAACUCCUGCCUCUUCCCUCCUUUCCUUCCUCUGGCCUCUCCGUUUCACUCUCUGAAGCAACGGGGCUGUUUUUCCCUUCCUAAUGGCCCCACCUCGCUUGGGGUUUCUGCUCCUCCUGGCUUGCUGCUUCCCCUCCUCUGAAACGCAGCUCCUGGACUGGGUUUGGGGCAGCACGAAGACCACGGGAAGCCCGGCGGCACUCGGCGAGGGAACCGCAGUACCGGAGCAGCUCGCCUCUGCGGCAGCUCCCAGCCCCAGCACGUCCCCGGGGACGUGGGGUGGCCAGGUGGUGGGGGACCUCACCACCCCACACCCCCAGGAGCUGGAUCCCGGCACGGCGGCACCUGCGGGCGAGGGGACCGUGGCCGAAAACGCUGAGCAGUGGGACAGGAAUGCCACGGGGCUGGUGGAGAGCACGGCACAGCCAAGCGUUGCUCCUCCCCGCAGCACGUCACCUUUCCCGGGCCAGGAUGCGGCCAGUAGCCUCACUGAGGACCCACAGCUCCUGGGGACGGGGACCACUGAGGACCCACAGCUCCUGGAGACGGGGACCACUGAGGACCCACAGCUCCUGGAGACGGGGACCACUGAGGACCCACAGCUCCUGGGGACGGGGACCUCUGAGGACCCACAGCUCCUGGAGACGGGGACCUCUGAGGACCCACAGCUCCUGGGGACGGGGACCUCUGAGGACCCACAGCUCCUGGGGACGGGGACCACCAAGGACCUGCAGCUCCUGGAGACAGGGACCACUGAAGACUCACAGCUCCUGGAGAUGGGGACCACCAAGGACCUGCAGCUCCUGGAGACAGGGACCACCAAGGACCCACAGCUCCUGAGGACAGGGACCACUGAGGACCCGCAGCUCCUGAGGACAGGGACCACUGAGGACCCACAGCUCCUGAGGACAGGGACCACUGAGGACCUGCAGCUCUGGGGGACAGGGACCACUGAGGAUCCACAGCUCCUGAGGACAGGGACCACUGAGGACCCGCAGCUCCUGAGGACAGGGACCACUGAGGACCCGCAGCUCCUGAGGACAGGGACCACUGAGGACCCACAGUUCCUGAGGACAGGGACCACCGAGGACCUGCAGCUCCGGGGGACAGGGACCACCGAGGACCUGCAGCUCUGGGGGACAGGGACCACCGAGGACCCGCAGCUCCUGGGGACGGGGACCCCCGCCACGACGGGGACAUGGGUGUCCUUGCAGAGACCGGCAGGUCCCCGGCCAGAGAGCCUGAGCUCCGAGGUCAGCCUCCUGGAGCUGAUCGGAGACCCCCCGCCAGAGGAGAUCCUCAAAAUUUACGGCCCCGACAACAACCCCGGCUAUGUCUUCGGCCCCAACGCCAACACGGGCCAGGUGGCCCGGUACCACCUGCCAAGCCCUUUUUACCGGGACUUUUCCCUCCUGUUCCACAUCCAGCCCACCACUCCCCGGGCCGGCGUGCUCUUUGCCAUCACGGACUCCUCACAGAGCAUCAUCUACGUGGGCGUCAAGCUCUCGGAGCUGCGGGCGGGCAAGCAGCAAAUCAUCUUCUACUACACGGAGCCAGGCUCGCCGAGCUCGUACGCGGCAGCCACCUUCACCGUGCCCACCUUGCUCAACCAGUGGACACGCUUUGCCAUCAGCGUGGAGGAGGAUGAAGUCAUCCUCUACCUGGACUGUGAGGAGCAUGAGCGGGUCCGCUUCGAGCGCUCCCCGGAUGAGAUGGAGCUGGAAGAUGGCUCUGGGCUCUUCGUUGCUCAGGCUGGAGGAGCCGACCCAGAUAAAUACCAGGGGGUGAUCGCUGAUUUGAAGCUGCAAGGGGACCCGCGGGCGGCCGAGCGCCAGUGCGAGGAAGAUGAGGAUGACACUGAGGAGGUCUCUGGCGAUUUUGGCAGUGGGGCAGAAGGUGGAUACCAACCCUCUGGGAAAGUCAAGGGUGUCCCGGGGCUAGUGGAUGCCGUCCCUGUCACCUCUCCCCCCGUGGCAGCGGGCAGCGGGCAGAGGAGCGGCGGGGGGUCCCCGCAGCAAGCCGAGAGGACCAGAGUGGAGGAGACACAGCAGAUCUCCACGGGAGGCACUGGACCCAAAGGUGAAAAGGGGGAGAAGGGCGAACGUGGCCUGAAAGGGGACGCUGGGGCCGGCAGCAUCGUGGGGACGGGCAGUGUCAAGGGCGAAAAGGGGCAGAAAGGAGAACUGGGCGUUAAGGGCAGCGCUGGAUUUGGCUACCCCGGCUCCAAGGGCCAGAAAGGGGAACCAGGUGAACCCGGCACCCCCGGGAGCCUCUCACGGCACGCAGAUGGCUCGGUGGUGGAGCAGGUCACCGGUCCCCCGGGGCCGCCGGGGAAGGACGGAGCCCCCGGCAGGGACGGCGAGCCCGGCGAUCCUGGCGAGGACGGCAAACCCGGCAAUAUGGGGCCCCAGGGGUUCCCUGGGACACCGGGGGAACCUGGGCUGAAGGGGGAGAAGGGUGACCCAGGCGUGGGGCCGAGGGGACCCCCCGGACCGCCUGGCCCCCCAGGACCUCCAGGACCCUCCUCCAAACAUGACAAGCUGACCUUCAUCGACAUGGAGGGCUCUGGCUUCGGCGGCGACCUGGAGAGCCUGCGGGGUCCACGAGGGCCGCCCGGUCCCCCAGGGCCACCCGGGGUGCCCGGUUUGCCGGGGGAGCCGGGACGGUUUGGGAUGAACCGCACGGACGUGCCGGGACCGCCAGGGCUGCCGGGCAAGGCCGGGAUCCCCGGACCCCCGGGGCCAGCGGGUCCUCAAGGUCCUCCUGGAAGAGAUGGCGCAGCUGGGCAUCCAGGGCCCAAAGGAGAGCAGGGCGACAUGGGCGACCUUGGCCUCCCUGGUGCACCGGGACCCAAGGGCAGCAAGGGGGAAAUGGGACCAGCAGGAACCCCGGGAGAAAUGGGCUUAGCUGGUCUUCCCGGGCCCAUCGGGCCCCGAGGGCAGCCAGGGCCCCCCGGCCCCCCGGGACCACCGGGGCCAGGCUACGAGGCUGGAUUUGGUGACAUGGAGGGCUCGGGGCUGCCGAUCGCCACUGGCUCCCCUGGACCACCCGGACCUGAAGGACCACAGGGGGUGCCAGGACUGCCGGGGGUGAAGGGAGAGGUCGGCAGCCCCGGGCAGCCUGGCUUGCCGGGACUGAAGGGAGAUGCUGGCGUGCCCGGUGUGGACGGCCGCCCUGGCCUGGAGGGCUUCCCUGGACCACAGGGACCCAAAGGUGACAGAGGCAGUCCCGGUGAGAAGGGUGAGCGAGGCCAAGAUGGUGUGGGACAGCCCGGCCCGCCUGGUCCACCUGGUCCCCCUGGACAGGUCAUCACUGUCUCAAGUGAAGAUAAGUCUUUGGUGGCUUUGCCUGGUCCAGAAGGCAGACCGGGUCACGCCGGCUUCCCGGGCCCCGUGGGACCAAAAGGAGACCGGGGGUCAUCUGGUCCCCAGGGCUCCCCAGGGUUGAAGGGGGAGAAGGGGGAGCCUGGUGUCAUCAUCAGCCCCGACGGGACCGUGGUGACUGCGAAGGUGAAAGGAGAAAAGGGGGAACCGGGGCUGCGGGGACCAGUGGGACCCUCGGGUCCCCAGGGACGAGCAGGGAUGAAGGGCGAGAUCGGCUUUCCGGGCAGACCCGGACGUCCCGGCAUGAACGGGCUGAAGGGCGAGAAGGGUGACCCCGUGGAUGUCAGCAGUGUGCUGGGCUUGCGGGGUCCCCCAGGACCCCCAGGGCCCCCAGGGCCCCCUGGGCCACCUGGCAGCAUAGUCUACGACAGCAGCAAUGCCUUCAGCGACUCCAGCCAUCCCGCGCUGCCAGCCUUCCCCGGUUUCCACCAGUUUCCAGGACAAAAGGGAGAAAAAGGCGAUGCUGGAGCCCCGGGACCCCCAGGCCACUUCCCCUACGACCCGAGUCACUUCGGUGCCAACCUGCGGGGUGACAAGGGGGAUGCAGGUCCCAAGGGUGACAAGGGUGAGCCGGGCAGCACCCCACUCUACGGUCCCAGCGCCUCUGGGCUGCCAGGGCCUCCGGGACCCCAGGGCUACCCUGGGCUGCCGGGUCCCAAGGGGGACAGUAUCGUUGGGCCUCCAGGGCCUCCUGGACCUCAGGGCCCCCCUGGUAUCGGAUACGAGGGGCGGCAGGGCCCCCCUGGCCCCCCCGGCCCCCCUGGUCCCCCCUCCUUCCCAGGUCCCCACAGACAAGCUAUCAGCAUUCCUGGACCCCCUGGACCACCGGGACCCCCCGGACCACCAGGCACCAGCGGGAUGUCCUUGGGGCUGCGUGCCCUGCCGACCUACCAGGCGAUGCUGAGCGCUGUGCACGAGCUGCCCGAGGGCGGCCUCAUCUUCCUCACCGACCGGCAAGAGCUCUACGUCCGCCUGCGCGGGGGCUUCCGACGGGUGCUGCUGGAGGAGCACAACCUGAUCCCCAGUUCAGCUCUGGACAACGAGGUGUACGACAAGCCACCCAGCGUCCACUACGCCGGCCCCCAGCCCCCGCUCCAGCCUCGCGGACCCCUGCACCCCCUCCGCAACCACAGCCCCCCGCCCACCGCCCGACCCUGGCGCGGGGACGAGGUGGUGGCCAACCAGCACCGCCUGCCCGAGCAACCCUUGCUCCACCACCAGCACGAGCUCCUCAACAGCUACUACAUCCACCGCCGGCCGGAUCCGGCCCCCGUGGCUGCCCACGUGCACCAGGACUUCCAGCCCGCCCUUCACCUGGUGGCCCUGAACGCCCCGCUAAGCGGUGGCAUGCGCGGCAUCCGGGGCGCCGAUUUCCAGUGCUUCCAGCAAGCCCGGCAGGUCGGGCUGGCUGGCACCUUCCGUGCCUUCCUCUCCUCCCGCCUGCAGGACCUCUACAGCAUCGUGCGCAGGGCCGACCGCGCCGCCGUGCCCAUCGUCAACCUCCGGGACGAAGUGCUCUUCAGUAACUGGGAAGCCCUUUUCACGGGCAGCGGGGCCCCGCUGCGAGCCGGCGCCCGCAUCCUCUCCUUCGACGGUCGGGAUGUCCUGCGGGAUGCGGGGUGGCCACAGAAGAGUGUCUGGCACGGCUCAGAUGCCAAGGGCCGGCGCUUGCCUGAGAGCUACUGUGAGACGUGGCGGACGGAGGAGCACGCCGCCACCGGCCAGGCUUCCUCGCUGGGCUCGGGCAAGCUGCUGGAGCAGGUGGCUAGCAGCUGCCAGCACGCCUUCGUCGUCCUCUGCAUCGAGAACAGCUUCAUGACUGCCGCCAAAAAGUGACACCCUCCCAGCCCUGGGCACCCCACAUCUCCCCGGGGAGGGACAGGCCAGCCUGCACCCCGGCACCCCCGUGGUCCUCAGCACCCCCCCCCUUCCUACGCACCUGCCCUCGCCCCGCAGGGUUUUCUUCUCCUGCAGACCUGAAGCCAAAGAGUAUCACCAUCGCCCCUGCCCUGGGUCGGCAGGGGCUCACAUCCCACUCGGGGCAGGGCAGCCUGAGCUGGCUGCCUUCCUCCUCCUCCUCCUCUCGCUCCCAAUUCUCUUCUAACUCCUAAUAUUUAACCACUUCAGCUUGCGUCCCCCCACCAGCUCGGAGGAUCUUUACAGGGCAGGAGGAUGCUCGGCAGGGAGAUUUUGGCACUGACGUGUGGGUGGUAUGCCCUCCUGGAAAGCCUGCGGGGGGGGCAGAGGGGCGAGUGGGGGGGGUGGGGUGUGUCUCUGUCCUCGCCAGGAGCUUGGGGUUGGACCCAAAUCCCUGCUGCUGGGGUCAUGGGGUCUUCCCCAGCCAAAACCUCAGCAUCCCACCCAAACAAGGGACCGUCCCGUGGUGGUGCCAGGGCUCCCCACCCCCAAGAUGGUCUCCGUCCUCCCCAGGUAAGGACCAUCCCACCCAGUCCCCCAUCAUCAUCCUCACCUCCGCCGCCCAGCCAGCAGCUCGCGAGCCCUGGGGGGGGGGGGGGGGGAGGGUUUGGACCCCCCAUCCCCCCUGCACAUCCUCAGGACCCCCCAGCCGUGCACCCACACCCAGGCCAGCGUGGGGACUGGGGUGAUGGGGUGGCCCUGACACGGGGCCAGGCGUGCCCUUGGCGUGUGUUUGUGUGCGUGUUGAGUACGUGUGGUACCGAGGGCAAGCACUGCCACCCCCCCCACCCCCCCCCCCCAUGCCACCUUUGCUGCGCUCUUAAGGGCCAAGGCGCAGCAAAGCUGGUUUGAAUAGGUGUGGACAAAUCCAAGGUGCUAAAAAAACAAAAAAGAAAGAAAAAAAAAAAGAUAAAUCUGUAACUAGCUUUUUAUUAUUGUAUGGAAAUUAUUACCAUAAAAGCUGUGCGAGUCACACAGUCUCUAUUUCUUACAGUCUACUGUAUUUUGUGUAAUUAAUGCAAUUUAAAGCCUGUGGAUCUUUUUUUUUGUUGUUGUUGUUUUUUUUUUUGUUGUUGUUGUUGUUGUCGGUUGUGUCCCAUAAACCAUUUUCUAAAGGCACUGAAUAAAGAAACGUUGUCCUCUUGUA